CAUUCAUCGACCAAAUGCCCUUCACAGGCUAACACUUCAAGAAGGACAUAGAGUGAUAAUGUCAAAGUCAGUGACUCCGGAUGCGAUUUCGAUCCUCUUUGCGAAUCCCUCCCCGGAUUCUUCAUUGGAGCUUCCCGAGAUCGUCGUCCAAGUCCUGGAUCUCAAGCAAAGCGGUAACAGAUAUAUGUUUACUGCAAGCGAUGGGAAAUUGAAGUUAAGAGCAAUUCUACCCUCAAGUCAGAACUCGCAGGUCCUCUCAGGAAAUAUUCAGAACCUGGGUCUUAUUCGCAUCACUGACUACACUCUCAACGACAUCCCAAACAAGUCAGAGAAAUAUCUUAUUGUGACAAAAUGUGAACCGGUCUCCCCUGCACUUGAAACGGAAAUAAAGCAUGAGGUAGAGAGGGAGGAAACCGGCAUUAUUUUGAAACGACAGCAAGAGGACAAAAUGAAAAGUCAGAUUAAAACUGAAGGAGCAGGCCUUCUUUUGAAACCAAAGCAAGACAUCGUGGUCAAAUCUGCUGCUCAGAUCGUACAUGAACAACAUGGAAAUAUGGUUCCUGCAGCUCGAAUGGCCAUGACUCGUAGGGUGCGUCCUCUGGUUUCCUUAAACCCUUAUCUGGAUAACUGGACAAUAAAAGUUCGGGUUACAAACAAAGGAAUCAUGCGCACGUAUAAGAAUGCAAGAGGGGAAGGUUGUGUCUUCAACGUGGAACUGACAGAUGAAGAUGGCACUCAAAUUCGAGCUACAAUGUUUAAUGUGGCUGCAAGGAAGUUCUAUGAAAAGUUUGUAUUGGGGAAGGUUUACUAUAUUUCAAAGGGUACUUUAAAAGUUGCAAACAAGCAGUUCAAAACCGUUCAAAAUGAUUACGAAAUGACACUAAACGAGAACUCUGAAGUGGAAGAGGCAACCAAUGAAGAAAGCUUCGUUCCAGAAACUAGGUUCAAGUUUGUCCCGAUUGAUCAGCUGGGUCAGUAUGUCAACCGAAAUGAACUUGUUGAUGUCAUUGGAGUUGUUCAAAAUGUGUCCCCUACAAUGAGCAUACGCCGGAAGAGCAACAAUGAAACUGUCCCGAAGCGUGAUAUUACUAUUGCUGAUGAGACAAAGAAAACAGUUAUCGUGUCUUUGUGGAAUGAGAAUGCGAUUAAUGUAGGGCAAGAAUUGUCGGAUCUUGCUGGUAAUUCUCCUUUAGUGGCAAUCAAAUCGCUCAAGGUUGGGGACUUUCAAGGUGUUUCCUUGUCGACUAUAGGUAGAAGUCUAGUGCUGGCAAAUCCAGACAUACCUGAAGCAAAGAAGCUUAGAAGCUGGUACGAAUCUGAAGGUAAAGAUGCAUCAUUGGCAUCCAUGAGCUCUGGAACGAGUUCAGUAUCCUCGAACGGAAUGAGAUCGGUGUUUUCAGACCGUGUCUCACUUUUUCAUAUUACCUCAAGACCGUCCUUAGGGGAGGACAAGCCUGCAUUUUUCAGUGUCAGGGCACAUAUAAGCCAUAUCAAGCCUGACCAGACAAUGUGGUACCGGGCUUGCAAAACUUGCAACAAGAAAGUCACCGAAACCAUUGGUGCAGGGUAUUGGUGUGAAAGAUGCCAGAAAAAUUAUGAAGAGUGCAGUUUAAGAUACAUUAUGGUUGUAAAAGUUGCUGAUAGAAGUGGUGAAGCCUUUAUAUCAGUCUUCAACGAAGAAGCUGAGAAGAUUGUUGGGUGCCCUGCUGAAGAACUAGAUAGCCUGAAGUCACAGGAGGGGGAAGAUAGUCUAUAUCAGUUGAAACUGAAACAAGCAACAUGGACUCCUUAUCUUUUCUGGGUCAGUGUUUCUCAGAAUGAGUAUAAUAACGAGAAAAGGCAGAGGAUAACAGCCCGGGCAGUUGUUCCGAUGGACUUUGCUGCCGAAUCAAGAUUUCUCUUGGAAGAGAUAUCAAAGAUGAAAUUUUCUCAAUAAGAUGCACAUGCUAAUUAUAGUCCCUGCGCCCUUUUUCGUUUGUAGCCGUUGAUUCUUGUUUUUGCUUGUAAUAUAUGCUUUGCCGGUCUUGACGCCUAGAAUUUGCUAGCUGAUCUUCUAUGUAAAUCUGCAUAUAUUGAGUCCUAUAUAAUGGUCAGUUUUAAACUUUUUUAUUACAACAUAGGAUGCUGGAUCUUCUCAAGGAUGCCGCAGAAUUGCGAAACGGGAGGAUUUGACCUGGCAUGAUAAAGAUGGCGAUAGGAAUUUUAACCGACCAUUUGGUUUUGCGUCGUAUUUAAUUUUAUGGAAGAUAAUAUCCUAGCGCCAAUGUCACUCAUGCAUUAGAUUAUCCCCAGUCAGAAUGUUAUGGUUUCAUACAAAAUCAAGAACACUGAUAUAGAAAACUUGAGAAGGAGAGAAAUAAGAUAGGGAAGUUGCAGCAACCACAGAGAAGAGCAAGAAAGUUCGCAGGAAGGAGAGGAGAAGCCGAAGCAUAUAGAGAGGAGACACAAAUUUUCAGAAUUCACGCUAGUCCCUUGGCAUCGAUUGUUAAACCUUACUCUUCUGUCAUAAGCAUCUGGCCCAUCAGCAGAAGUUACCCCAUGGCUCAAGCCCACAUUGAGAUCAGGCCCUUCAUUACAAGGAACCACUGCAAGUUGACUUGAGAUUUAAAGUAAAGUUGGAUCCUCCCCUCGACUUCAGGCACAUUGAUUCUUAAUCACGAGUUUCACUCGCCAAACAAUUGUCAACGAGUUUCCACGCAUGAGACGCCAUGAAAUCUGUUGGGGGAAAAAAAAAAAAAGGGGUUGCCGCCGGGGAUUUGUUACUAUACGUUGGACUCAAAUGGUGGGCCAAGAAUUUGUGUUUUUCCAGCGAGUGAGGGACAUGUGGGUCGUGGGAGGUGAUGUGGCCAGAAGGGGUUGGGCAAUCAUGUGCAGGAAAGCAGCAAGGGUAAAUCGUGUGAAAUGUCUCAUCAAAGUAGCGCUUGGGCUUUGGAUGAGUAGAUUUGAAUUUAAAUUUUAUAUUUAAAAUUUUGUAUUUUAAAUCUUAUAAAAAAAAUUAUAUAUA